AUGGAGUUAUUUGUGCGUGUUGUAAAGGUUCUUCUACCCACAAUCGAGAACUUUGUGAGCUUUUGUCAAUGUUGGGCAAAGGAUGGAUCAUUUAUUGCGACGGCACAUGAUAACAACGUGGUGUUGUAUUCAAGUGACGAUUUUCAUGUGCUGCAGAGAGUGAACGUGUGCUAUGUCGUGAUAUCUAUGGACCUUGUAAAGGUGGAGACUCAAGACACGACAAGAAGAGACGAUCGAGAGUUUCUUUUGCUGGUUGGCACAGCUUUUGGGGCUUUCUUGUACACGAUCUUGUUGGACAGGGAGAGAGAUAAUGUAGAAAAUGGUACAAGGGACUUGACAUUGACGCCAGUAGCAAAAGUGCACGAGGGGGUUGCCGUGUGCAUGGUCAAGUUCUCGAGUGAUGGCUACACUGCUGCAAUUGGAACCAUGGAUGGCCGAUUGUUCUUGCGGAGAUUGGAUUCUCAUAGUCAUGACACUCUUGCCAUAUUCGGGACUGUCGUAUUAUCACGAGUGUUGCAAGCUCCACGGAUCACGGGCUUGUCCUUUUCAAUGUGCUCUACGAAACUCGUGGUAGCAACAAGAAAAGGCUACGUCUACGUGUUUACCUGUGCAUCGAAAGUAGAGCCAUGGCGGUCGCUACCAAGUUGCGUUCAUCUCAGCGCGAACCCGAACGCACGUGGUGUACUUGGCACAAACAAAACAGCCUCUACGGUUCAGACGCUAGUGUCGUGCUGGGGGCCCGUCUUCGUAGUGUGCUCACGGACCCACACAUCACGGCUUGAAAUGUACGAUUUCGUGUCUGGCAGUCUGUUGCACUCACUGCAGCUUGCACCAGUAAAAUCCGUCUCCUCUGCGACGUUAUGCCAGUGGGUGGAUCAGCAACUUGUUACAGGUAUUUGCAGCAUGCAAAUAAACGACGAUGGACGCUCGCGGUUGCUGUGCCACGACUCGAGCGCCAACGUUGCUGUUGUGGAAUGGCCAUUUCUAGACGUCAUUGAACGACGGUAG